AUGAUACCUCCACCGAUUCGAGGCUGUAGCCGGCCACUAGUAACUGGAAUCAUCGGUUGCACCCAACCACGUCGAGUUGCUGCUAUGAGUGUAGCGAAGCGUGUAGCUGAUGAAAUGGAUGUCGAGCUUGGUCAAGAAGUCGGAUAUGCAAUUCGUUUCGAAGAUUGUACAUCAGAGAAGACUGUGAUAAAGUACAUGACAGAUGGUAUCCUGCUCAGGGAAUGUCUGGGUGACGGCGAUCUUGAUCAGUACAGCGCUAUUAUCAUGGACGAAGCUCACGAACGUUCACUCAAUACUGACGUUCUGUUCGGUCUACUCCGAGAUGUGAUUGCUCGACGCUCCGAUUUACGCCUUAUUGUCACAUCCGCUACAAUGGAUGCCGAAAAGUUUGCAAAUUUCUUUGGAGGCAGCUGCCCAACAUUCACGAUACCUGGCCGUACGUUUCCCGUGGAGAUUUUUCACGCGAGAGCUCCCGGUAUCUUGGCAGCUUUUGUGGAAGAUUAUGUGGAUGCCGCCGUCAAACAAGCAAUCACUGUUCACCUUGGUGGCAUGGAUGGAGAUAUUUUGAUUUUUAUGCCUGGUCAGGAGGACAUUGAGAUUUUCCCCGUGUCUCAAGCGUCUGCAAAUCAAAGAGCUGGUCGUGCUGGUCGAACAGGUCCAGGACAAUGUUUCCGUCUCUACACGGAGCGGCAGUUCAAGGAGGAGAUGCUCGUCUCGACAGUCCCUGAAAUUCAACGAACAAAUCUCUCGAACGUCGUGCUGCUUUUGAAGUCUCUUGGUGUUGACGAUCUGCUCAAGUUUCACUUUAUGGAUGCGCCACCACAGGAUAACAUGCUUAAUUCCAUGUAUCAGCUAUGGACCCUUGGAGCACUCGACAACACUGGA